UGUAGUCUUUAUCAGAUAUAUCUUGAUUACAAAGAUAACCAAUAAAUUUUUGACUGUAGCAGAGACAAUCCCACAGUGCUGUUUAAUUAAAAAAUAUCAUUCGAAUAUAAAAGACGAAAUAUGGAAUUCUCAAAAACAUUAUUAUACGCCAUCCUAAAUAUUUCAAGUGUUCUCCUGGCAACAUUAGCACCAGUCAUAAGCACUGAGCUGGAUCAUAAUUUGGAUUCCACUGAAAGACAAGAAAUUAUCAACGAAAUAGAAAAUUUCAACGCUCAAGCCCUAACUUUGAUUAGAAAAACUUAUGAAUUAUACAGCGAUGAUGUUUCCGAGAAUACCACGCUGAAAUUUGACGAGGAACUUCAGUUUCACAACACGAGGAACGAUAACAGAAACAUCACUAAUGAAGAAUUAGAGAGUAUUGCACGAUUAAUGGUUCCAUCUUUGGACCGGUAUAUAAAGGAAUUUGAAAUUGUAAGGAAUAUCGAACAGGAAUCUCGAUGCAUACCCAUCUAUGGAAAAACAGCGGAUUGUUUUGCCAAACUCUGUCGUCGUUCUGGAAGUAUAAAUGUCGCUUACUGCUGUUUGGAAAGUACUAUAAGAAAGCUCAAGAAAAUAAAAGCAUUUUUACACAAGCUGUUUAUAACACUUCGAAAGGAUGUCAGACACAAUUUGAGGAACAAUAUAACUCAAUUUUCGCUCCAGGAACAAGAGGAAUUCACAAUGACUAUCCUUCGCAGAACUUCCAUGCAACUAGACUACAUACAGAAUACAUUGAAAAAGCUUUAAAAAUAGUUUAGGAAACAUUUUCCUUUCACCGAAUCAUUUCAUAGGUCUUCUCGGUAUAUUUAUUGUGAUUUCAUUUAGUUCUGUUCAGAACCAUAUCUUUAUAGAAGAGAAAAUGCGAUGUUUUGACGUCCAAGUCUUACCAUGAGUAUGAUCAGCUUAUCUUUUAUUUUUUUGUCUUCUGUCUUUUACUUGUAGCAGACAUUGGAUUGUAGCCAAACUGAAGUAUCACCUUAAAGGUUUAGUUGAACAAAUUGAUCCCUGUAGAUAGUUUAAGUGUGGUACCUAUUCUUUAAAUUAAGUACUUAUUCUAUCGAUAUCUUAUCCAGAACCGCUAAGUAAAUAUUUAGCUAAGUAAAUAUUUAGCUGACGGGAUUCAGUUGUAGCGACGUUCUGCGUUCAAAACAUGCAACAUUUGACUUCCCUUUCCACUUUUACCCACUAGGAACGAUAAAAUAUGUACCAGUAAUAUACUGCAACUAAAUCUCUCUUAUGCAAAUUUAUUACCUUGCUGAAGUUACACAUAAAGACAAGUAUUAUUUUUUUAAUCUGCAUAGAUUUAUUUAAAUAUAUAAAAAACAUCACUUGUA